UACAAUGUCUGUUACUUUAAGUAUUUCAACUGUGCCUCAUUUGAAAUUAGCAGAUCUUAAAAAAGAAUGCAAAAUUUUGGGAUUACCUGUCACUGGAAAUAAAUAUGAACUUGUUGACAGAUUAAUUAAAUUUAUUGAAAAAGCAUCUGUAGCAAAUCAGGUAGAAUCUAUGUCUAUUCCACAACCUACUACUCAACUAUAUCAACAGAUUACUCCCUCUAUAUUAUACUCCUCUUCAAACAGCUUUACAAACUCUUCUCUUCACAAUAUAAACAAUUAUUCUAACAUUAGCUACUCAGAAGUUUCUUCUUCUUUUUCGAAUACUUUUGAUAACAAACAAAUUCCAGAUUCAAUAUAUUUAGACAACCAAACUAAUGUUUUAGAGGAGGAUAUUAAUGAAGAAAAACUGUUGGAUAGUAGUAAUGAGGAUAUAAGUCCUGAAAAUUUGGAGUUGUCUAGUAUUAAAUCAAAAAUUAAAAAAAGUCAAAAUGACUUAGAAAAAAUAUUGGAUGUUAACAAUCAUGUUAUCAAACUAAAUGGGAUCAAUAAUGUACCAUCUAGCAAAAGGGUUGCUUUGCGGAAUGAAAAAUUUAGCCAUAAUACACAUAGCAAUUUAACAGAUGAAAAAUUGCUUUGUCGUGCUAAACGAUUUGGACUUCCCAUUAAACCUGACCACAUCAUCACCGAUAUAUCCAGUACAACUAAAGGCACAACAAAUAAUUCUACCAAUAAGGUUAACCUGAUCAAAAAACAAAGGGCCAUACGUUUUGGUAAUAGCACUGAUGAAACUUUAUUCAACGAAGUAAACAAAAAAUCUAUCAGAGCCCUUAGGUUUGGUUUGAUUUGAAAUAAUCAAAGGACAAAAUAAAAUAUUUAUAAUUAUUGAAGAUAAUUAAUUACUAACGAAAUCUAAAUGUAUCUUUUUUAUUGAUAUUUAUAAAUAAUUAUUAAUUUUUAAAAAUCGAGUAUUGCUGUCCUAUAUUUUUUUAAACAAAAUGUUGAAGAUU